UCUGAAAAUCACUUCACUCUUCCGCUGUACAUUCAACGUUUCUCCCGUAAAUUCUACAAAAUUCGUUUUAACGUACUUUCGGUCGCUACCAUAUCCCUAUUCCUCCAUUAAAUUGCUCACUCUAGCACUUCAAGAAUGAAUCGAAGAAAAGUAUCGGAAGGCAGUCGGAAACCGAAAGCCUUGGGGAACCGUUCGAGUGUAGCUACACUUCACCCAAACACAAACGCAAUCACUCCCUCAAAAAAUUCGGAGCCUCCACCUCGCGACAAAGGCAUCCAAUAUGGCGGCACUGAGUCUUGCAAAAUAUACCCACACGCUCCGGUUAUGCAACGGAAAGCCCCAGCUCCAAAAACGAAAUUCACAUCGAAUGACAGAUCCUUGGUAUUCUCUCCCCGAUUGAAAAGUUUUCCGGCAGAAGAACUCAGACGGUUUGAUGCCUCCCCUCGAGUUGAAACAACACCAGCACUUUUCCAAAUGAUCGGCGAUUGCGAUACUGUACCACAGUCCGAUAAAACAGUUAUCCAAUCUCGAUCGGUGCCAAAUCAUUCUAAUUGUCCGGAAGUCUUCAAUGUCGUCCCUGUUGAAAGAUCUCCUGAGAGACAACUCCAUCGUCCUUGUGUACCAAAAUCUCUGAACGUUAACGAGCACGUAAUGACGGAAAACCAAUCGGAGGGGAACUUGCGAGAAGUGAAAGAACUUGAGGAGGUGGAGAGGCAACCGGUAGGUGGUAGAAAUGCAGCUGUUUUCAGACAGCAAAUCCUUGGUUCUGGUAAAAAACCUAAAAAGAAAUUGAUACCUGAACUUCAACUCCUUCGAAACAUUCAAAAACAACAGCUAGAAUUCUACAAUGACGUGCAAUUCAUGAAAGAUCCUCGAAAAAUGCCCGAAAUUAUGUAUCCCCACUCUUCCAACUCUUCGCAAAUCCCCCAGGACCCCCAACCAUUUCCUGGAUUGGGGAUGACGUCUCCUCAGGAUGUCUCGAUGAACCAAAGUCGAAUGUAUCAACAGCCCCUUUACAAUUUCAAUUACUCGCUGCAGCAGGGACCAAGCCCUUACUUCCCAUAUCCAGGGUACCAACUGUCGGAUCAGCCUCCUUUCCAUAACCUUAAACGAGCUCCACUGUAUGUAGACGUAGGGGAGCCUACAAAUCAUGGACAAGCAACCCAAUAUGAUUAUUCCCCUCAGCAACUAUUACUACAGUUAUCGCAACAACAGGAAUGUCCUAGAGAAUUGAAUGUGAAGGAUAAACAAUUUCCUGAAAAUCUUAAAUUCACUUCGCAGAUGCUUCGAGAUCAAGAAAAAUUGAUGCUGACACUAAGGCAACAGGGAUGUCCAUAUUACUUUAUGAAACGUCAAUUCGAGGGGCUCAUAGCAGAGCAACGAAGACACCUGAUGAUGAUUCACCAACAGGAGAACUAUAAUAAGAGUGCCAAGUCCUCGGAGGAGACAAAAACACCUACAAGAAAGAGAAUCACCAGAGUAGAAGAGGAUGGAAAACCAGAGUGGAUGAGUCAUAUCACCCCUCCCUGGGUGUCUUAUGCGAGUCUGGAACAGCAAGAGAACGAUGAACGGAAGAGACAACAGGAGCAGCAAAAUCGUUACGAACAGCAACCAAACGUGCAACAGAAUCUUCAGCAACAAAGUGGGCAACCCUUCACACAACAGCCAGUCAAUCCACGUGAUUAUCAACAGUUCCAACAGCAGCAGAUGAUUGGAAAUGCGUAUGUUCCUGUCUCACAUAAUGAUUAUCAUGCCCAAAAUGCUCACCGUCCCCCUCUGCAUCAUCAACAUCAGCAGAAUAGCACAGCAGUGCCCUUCUCUCAACAGCAGUUUGGUGACUUUCAGACAACAAAUACAGCAAACAACAAUCAAAUACUUGACCCUGGAAACGCAAAAUGGGGACUGGAACCAUCAAAUUUGGUGAAACUGGAGGUUUUGACGGAGAGUGUGGGACCAGAGCGACGGAAAAAUGGACUCCAGGAUGCGGCAGCUGUGAAAGAAGCUCAGAAGAUAUUGAAUAGCCCAGCGCAAGGAAAAACUUUGGACAUGGUAGAUAAUUUGCAGAAGAGGGAGGAUCCGAUAAAGCUGAAUGGAAUGCAGGAUCCUGAACAGAAUGAUCUUCGGAAUGGGCCACAUCGAUCGCCAGAUAGCGUUCUGAAAGAAUCGAGGACAGAGGCUAGGGCCAAUGGCCUUGAGAACAAGAGGAACGAUAAUAAUCCUCGUUCACAAAUUCCAAAUUCCGCGAAGUGGAAGAGUGAAGCAAUGCCCGUGUAUCCUAGAAGAGUAGAAGAGGAAGAUCAACAACUUUACUCGAUGCAUCCAUCUGAUGAAUACGACUGGAUUCCGCAGAACGGUGCCUCCGCCCUUAGAAAUGUAAGCGCCCCUUCACAGGGAUACAAAAAUGAUUUCCAGGCUCAUGUUAAUAAUCAAGAUCAAGGUGGUACUUCUGGGAAUCCUCAGUACUUGAAUACACCAACCUCGUCGCCAUUUGAUAUGCACUCACAGCAGAGACAGAAAUAUUUGCAAGCAGAAUCGACAAAUUACCUGACAGGGAGGCAAGGGAAUGGUAACGAAAAUGAACGUAUUCAAGGACAGUCUUCCGUUAGGGGAGAGUUUGAUGAGCCUAGGGUUAUUGGUGGAGUGACCUACAUUGGGAGAAAACAGGAAUUCAUUCCAAAUUCGUCGUUUUCACAGCAAUAGUGAGGACUAGCCGCGAGGAGAAGCAUUUUAAACACUUUUUUAAUAAUAUUGUGAAGACGAUUAACAUAAUUUCAUACACCAAAAGCUCAUUUUCUGAAGAGUGUCGAAAUACCCUAUGUCAUUAGUAUUUUUAUAUAUCGUAUGUAUUUUGACCGAAAAAUUUGAAAAAUAUAUCACAUGAAAUUCA